CUCCUUUCUAGUUUCGACUGUACAAAAUCCAUACUCUCUCUUUCUCUCUCUCUCUGAGAUCGAAAUGGGCGCCUGCCUCUCCUCUCCAUGCGGCGGAGAUGCCAGUUCAGCUCAAAAGAAAACCCUAACCCUAGAUUCAUCAUGCCCAUCGAAUUCCCAGCGAUGGAGUUCGAAGCGAUGGAAGAUGAAGAAGAUGAAGAGCAGCAGCAGCACCACCAGCAGUGGCGCCAGAGAUUCUUCUGAGAAGAGAGGAGGUUCAAUCUCUGAUCGGAUCUCCGGCAUCAUCGAUUUCGGAUAUCUCCUGAGAGGCGGAAGUGUCGGAGGAGAUGAGGAGCUGAGCCGGAUUCCCGGCCGCAUGUUCGCCAAUGGCUCCAGUAACACUGCUUGUCUCCUUACUCAGCAGGGAAAGAAGGGAACCAAUCAAGACGCUAUGCUCGUCUGGGAGAAAUUUUGUUCGAGAGAUGACACCAUCUUCUGUGGAGUAUUUGAUGGCCACGGUCCAUUCGGUCAUAUGGUUGCCAAGAAAGUGAGAGAUUCCCUUCCUGUUAAGCUGUCCACCCACUGGAAAGCUAAUGCAAGUGAUCAAAGCAGCCUGUAUGAGAGCAGCAGCGUGCUUGGAAGCAUGAAUUCUGAAGAAACGGCAUCUAUUAGCAUGGAGGAUGAGUGGGUCGAGUCCUUUGAUGCUGAUGAAAAUGAAAAGUUGCCUGAGAUGUAUACGGCAUUGAAACAGGCUUUUCUCAAGUCUUUCAAGUUAAUGGAUAAAGAACUGAAACUACAUCCCACAAUCGAUUGUUUCUGCAGCGGAAGUACUGCCGUCACCUUGGUAAAGCAGGGACAGGAUCUUGUAAUUGGAAAUGUUGGAGAUUCAAGAGCAGUAUUGGGCACUAGAGAUAAAGACAACUCAUUGAUUGCUGAACAAUUGACCGUAGACUUGAAGCCCAAUCUUCCAAGGGAAGCUGCAAGAAUACAGCAAUGCAAAGGACGAGUUUUUGCUUUGCAGGAUGAGCCAGAGGUUGCGCGUGUUUGGUUGCCCAAUAAUGAUUCGCCUGGGUUAGCGAUGGCUAGAGCCUUUGGGGAUUUCUGCCUGAAGGAUUUCGGUUUGAUAUCUGUUCCAGAUAUUUCUUAUCGUUAUCUCACGGAGAGGGAUGAAUUCAUUGUUCUUGCCACUGAUGGGGUAUGGGAUGUUCUCUCAAACAAAGAAGUUGUGGAUAUAGUGGCUUCAGCACCGAGUCGCUCAACGUCUGCCAGAGCUCUUGUAGACUACGCAGUUCGAGCAUGGAGGUUCAAGUUCCCGACAUCCAAAAUUGAUGAUUGUGCUGUCGUCUGUCUCUUCUUGGACCCUCCAUCCUCAUCUGAUCAAGGUCAAGAGAGUGCUCUGAAGAAGACUCCCAAGGAGGCAGUGGAGAUGAUGGUCUCCGCCUCAAUGGCAAAAGAAGCAACAGACAGGACACCACAGGAGGCGGUUGUUGAAGGAGUUUGCAUUCAGGGUUCUGCUGUUGAGUGUAUGGAUAACAUUCAAGGCACCAGUGAAAUCAUGCCAGUUUCUGAGCCAAAGGAAGAGAAGCUGCCUGACAGGUGCCAUUCAACAAGGAGCCUUGCUGAGUGCAUUUCUAAUGCAGAUGAAGAGGAAUGGUCUGCUCUUGAAGGCUUUACAAGGGUGAAUUCCUUGCUAAACCUUCCCAGAUUUGGAUCUGGUGACAAGAAGUCGCGCAGCUGGAGGAAAAAAUGGCUAUGAUCUAUGAAGCAAUCGACAUUAUCCUGCACUGUCCUCAUCUCCUCCACACUCAAUCAUGCUAGCGGUUAGGAAUUGGAACUACACGGAAAAAAAAUAAUAAUUCUUUCAAGUGAUUAUUCAAACAAGCCAGCGGAUUAGAAGUAACAACCUGCAAGAACAUAAAAUAGUAGAUGGUAGGCAAUGGUUGGGAAUAAUCAAACUAGACAAUGCCCCUCUAAGCCUGCAUCAAAUCAUUUUCAUUGCUGCUGGAUUUGGGAUUUGAUUCCGAGUGGGCGGCCUUUUCUCCACUGAAAUUGUAAGUAUGCACUGUUUCCUCAUGACAAUCAUCUUUUCAUGUUUGUAGGUAAGAUGAAACACUGUUCUGUUUGAUCCUUGGUUGAAAAACCUUUUUAUUUA